AUGGUCAACUGUGUCGGUGUAUUCGAGUCGUAUUUCCUGACUGAAGCGUACCCGAACGGCUCCUACAUUGAGCCGUACACGGACUACUUACUGGAACACAACGCCACGGACGUUUUCCUAAAUGACACUCGUUCUCGUACGGAUGGAGGCAACACCAAGAUCGGAGACCCUCGAUUCUACAAGGACGCGUAUCCGAAUCCGCUACCCGAUGAUCUCUACAAUGACAACUGGGUGGCGGACCAAGCACUUCGACUUCUUAGCGAGAAACCCAAUGAUAAGGAGUGGUUCAUGAUCGUGAACUGGAACGGACCGCACUACCCGAUGAGUAUUACUGAGAGUAUGUACGGCCGUAUACAGAACCGUAGUUUUCCUCAACCAGUUGACUACACCGGCAACUUUACAGCUGAGAUGCACAACCGUACGCGAGCUGACUAUGCUGCUAUGAUUGAAAACAUCGACGCGCAUAUUGGUCGCAUCCUUGCUGCUGUGAAUCUGAGUGAUACUCUUGUGGUAUUUGCGAGUGAUCACGGCGAGAUGCUCGGUGAUCGUGGCCUAUGGGCAAAGGAUGUUCCGUUCCAGCCGUCGGUGAACGUCCCUCUCGUUAUUGCUGGCGAUGUGGUGAACGAGUCACUACGCGGAACGUCUACAGAUGCUGGUGUAUCGCUUAUUGAUCUGGCGCGUACUUUUCUAGAUGUUGGAGAGGUGCAGACCGUCCCUGCUCAAAUGUCGGAGGCCUAUUCCUUCCGACCACUUCUUGAGGGAGAGCCUCACAAGAAACGUGUGCUACGUUCGGCGCUAGGUACGUGGAAGCUCUGGUUUGACGGUCGCUACAAAUGCGUGAUCGGCUAUAGCGACGAUGAGCCAAUGCUGUUUGAUGUGGAGACGGACCCGCACGAACGUACGAACCUUUUGUUGUCUACCAACACCACAGAGCUUGCGCACUACGCAUCCAUUAUCCAGUGGCUCCUGGGUAAGGGUAAAGUUGUGCAGUAA